AUGCGGCUUUCUUCAACCUCUUUAGUUUUUUUAAUCGCAUCUGCUUUUCUCACCGAUCAACCCCUUCCGUGCUGCUGUCCCAUCUGUGUGCAUUCUUCCUCCUCCGCACGUGAAGAUUUGGAAUGUGCUGCCAAGGCGAAAGCUGGGGAGAUUCCUGAUAGAGACAUCAGCCAGGCCGCAUGUCAGUCUCUCUCUUCACACCCCAUCGGAUCUAGAAUCCUCCAAGCUUCGCACAGCCAUAGGGAACAUGCAUGGGCAAUCCCAGUGGCCAAGGCAGGGGAAUUUCAUCGGAUAGUGGACUAUCGCCUGUAG